CUCCUCCCCCCCACUGUUUAACUAUCGUUGUUGCGACUUUCUUUUUCCUUUUCUCUUCCUCUCUCCUUCUCUCCCCUUCCCUCCUCGCUCGCUGUUCACAGUGAUACUUUCGCACAAUGCCUUCCACCACCAGCCGUGCCUCUUUCGAGGCUAUCUUCCCCACAAUUCGCGAUGAUCUCCUGAACUCUGCGAAGCAGUACAACUUGCCCCAGAAUGCGCUCGAAUGGUUUGAGAAGAACCUCAAUGUCAAUGUUCCUGGUGGAAAACUCAACCGCGGUCUUUCCGUCCCCGAUACCGCUCUGGCUCUCCUGAAGCAGCCCCUGAGCGAGGAGCAGUUCAAGCACUUGAGCAUGCUCGGCUGGCUCACGGAGCUGCUCCAGGCUUUCUUCCUGGUCAGCGACGACAUCAUGGACAGCUCCAUCACCCGCCGUGGCCAGCCCUGCUGGUACCGUCACGACGGCGUCGGCCUGAUCGCGAUCAACGACGCCUUCCUGCUCGAGUCCGGCAUCUACAUCAUCCUCAAGAAACACUUCCGCUCCCACCCCGCCUACAUCGACCUUGUCGAGCUGUUCCACGAGAUCACCUACCAGACCGAGCUGGGCCAGUUGUGCGAUCUGAUCACCGCCCCCGAGGACAACGUCAACCUGGACAACUUCUCCAUGGAGAAGUACAUGUUCAUUGUCACCUACAAGACCGCGUACUACAGCUUCUACCUCCCCGUCGCGCUGGCCCUGCACUACCUCCAGCUCGCGACCCCCGAGAACCUCCGCCAGGCCCACGACAUCCUGAUUCCUCUCGGUCAGUACUUCCAGGUCCAGGACGACUACCUCGACGCCUACGGUGACCCCGCCGUCAUCGGCAAGAUCGGCACCGACAUCCAGGACAACAAGUGCUCCUGGCUGGUGAACCAGGCCAUCCAGCGUUGCACCGCGGAGCAGCGCAAGGUGCUCGACGCCGCGUACGGUCGCAAGGACAGCGAGCAGGAGGCCAAGGUCAAGGCUCUCUACAAGGAGCUCGACCUGGAGAAGGUCUACCUGGAGUACGAGGAGAAGGUGGUUGGCGAGCUGCGCGGCAAGAUCGACAACAUCAACGAGGCCGAGGGCUUGAAGAAGGAGGUCUUCGAGGCCUUCCUGUCCAAGAUCUACAAGCGUAGCAAGUAAACGGUCGGACGAACGAUACCCCUUCUAAUCAUCGCGACACUUCUUCUGUCUAUCUUUUAAUUAGUGCAUACAUACCCCCUUCUGAGAUAGACUAGCUGAAAUACCAGACGAAAAUACAGCAUACAUUGUGAUUUG